UUUUAACGUAGGAGCUCCAGGGGCUGUGCAGAACUCGGGGCCAAUGCUGCAGCAGACUGCCGGUGGAGGCCGUGGUGGUGGCCAGAUGGGAAUGUUCGGAGGCAGAGGUGGAGGCCGAGGCCGAGGCCCGAUAGUGUGCUACCAGUGUGGGGAACCUGGACAUAUCACGCCAAACUGUCCGAAUGCACAGAAGUCUGAAGAGUAUCAGCCAAUCUGUGGGAUAUGCCAGACACAGGGACUUCAUCGGCAGGAGGAUUGCCCCUACCGCUUGCAAGUGCCAAAUCAGCGCCAAAAUCAGGAAAAGGGAAAAGAGGUGGUGGAUACUAAAGCCAUUUUCGUGAAUUCUGAAGAGUUACGAGCGGACACACCUGUGUGGAAUGUCAACACACGAGCACAGUUGCAGCGGAGGGACCGCGGGUUGUACAUCCGAGAUGAGCCGAGAACAAGGGCUGAACAGGGAAUUGAGCAGAUGCAUACUCAGGAGGAUCCAGAGAUGAUAGCUCGCCAAAACAGGAAGGAGCAGCGCCACAAGGAAAAAAUGGGGAUCGACUUAGGUCUGGAAGGAGGCGGCAUUCAGGAUGCGCUGAUAGCCGAUGGCGGAGAUCUCGCCAAGAAUAUCACGGGGACUAUUCAGUGCCCUAAUGACGGCAAGGAAAUGGACGCGAACCAGGGCUGGCAGAGGUAUUCAAGGAACAUUUUGGGGGUGAGCCGUUAAAGAUGGGCCAGCGGAGAUCUCGCCGGUAUAAGCAGG